AUGAGCGCUUCAUCACCUCCCGUUGUGCCUGCGCGGCCCUCCAAGAGCCCUAGCACGGAAUCCCAGCAAGCAGCCGAAGCGCCCAAGAUCCCUACUCGACCUAUUAAGAAGAGUAACGAGAAGUCUGUGCUCUCGAGUAGCGACCGCUUUGCCCAGUCGCCUUUGCACGGUGGCGUACAGCUCAAGGGUCAGCGCCCGACCAGCUCAUCGUCUAGCCACGACCAAUCAAGUACUCUAAACGAGCCCAUCAAUCGCCCUGCCAGCGUGUCCCUGCCCUCGCUUGGUGAGGAAGGCCUCGAAUAUGGAGCCUUAGAUAAACCACACGAGGCCCAACUUGGCUCUGCGCACCAGACCCGAACCGUUGGUGACAACCUCAAGCUGCACGCUCCUAAACCUUCCCUGCCCCCCGACAGCGCCAAGCAGCAGAUCAUGGCCGUCACGAGGACCGACUCAGAAAAGGCUGCCUCUCUCGGUCUCGGACAGUUUACCCAGAGAAGAGAUCGCACGCCUUCUCGCGACUCCAAGAAUCGUCGUCCCAGCUCUACCCUCUCCACGCACAGUGACCACGGCAACCAUACCGAUGACGAGCAUGGUAUUCCCAAGAUUGGACAGCGUGUGCCCAUGAACAGUCAUCUGGGCGACGUUCAAGCUCCUUCGCCAGCUCCUGAGGAGGGCAAGCGGCAUCACAGCCGUAAGCACUCGGCUCGUAAUCUGCCUCCUGGAAGUUACGGCUUACACGGCCACGGUGUUGAUCCCCAGGAUAAGCUGGAAAAGGCUUACUAUGAAAAGCAUCCCGAACUCGUUGGCAAGCACAAGAAGCAUCAAAUUCAUGACCAUCGUCAGAGCGACUAUGCAAUGAGCAGUAAUGAUCUCAACCGUAUGGUUCGUGAUACUGCCAGGCGUCGGCCCACAUCUGGGCUCUAUAAUGAAGCUGCCUCUACACCUACCGAAGAUGUCGGCUACCAUGCUAGUGACCAAUACGCACGUCGAGCUUCUACUCCACAAGACUCUUCGAAGGCUGAGAAAGGAAGCAGCUAUUUUCCAGAAGAUGGUCCGCUGUCCAAGGCCGCGGAUGAAAAGUCGUCUGUGCAUCACGCCAUCCACGUUGACGAUUCGAAACAUCCCGAGCACUACUCGUAUGGCACCGAGAACCCAGAGACAGAGGACUAUCAUGCCCCCAUUCUGGCUGAUGACGCAGUCGAUGCUGAUCUCGACGUAACGGCCCAGCAUCCCGCCAUACGUCCUGGAUUUGAUCGUUCGCGCUCUUACGAUGCCGACGAGCCAAACAGGCCUUCUAUUCGGCAUCCUGCCAUUGCUCUUGAUGAACAGCCUGAGCGUGGCUUCAAUUCAACACCGCUUGAUGAUGUCGAAGAGUAUGAGCCACUUUUCGACGGAGAAAAGAAGGAGGAAGAAAGGAAACAAUUAGCAACUGAGAAGAAGGCGAGCCGCCACUUCCCCAGUAAAGAUAUCUGGGAGGACGCGCCAAAUAGUGCGCAUCAUUCUACCGAAGUUUCAACACCAGACGUUGAAGAACAAAACCAUCGCCCCAGAUCCAAAGCGUCCUUUUCCGAAAACAGAUCCAUCACUCCCGCGCAAGCUUUUGCGCAGUACCAAGAGGAGCUGGCUGAAAAAGAGGCCAACGGACGCUCUAACAACUUUUUGCCACUGUCUGCUGAUGCGAAGCCAAAGUGGAUUGAUCAUCAAUCCCAUCUCGCUGUGUCCAAGCCCUCUGGCGCCAAGCGCUUUCCAAGCAAAGACGUCUGGGAGGAUGCGCCAGAGAGCCACAUCCAGGAAACGACCUUGUCCGAGUCGGCUAUAGAAGACGAAGGAGAGCCGGAGGACAACAAACCAAAGAUCCCUGUGCGUCCCAUCAAGAAGGCUGCUGAGGAGUCGCGAGCUCCGCCUGCAAUUCCCAGCCGACCCAAGCCUACGCAAGCUCCUGGUGAUGAUGCCACCAAGCAGCCGCCACCAGUCUCAGAAAAACCCAAGCCUCAAAUACCUUCCCGCCCUGUCAAGAAGCUCUCAGGCGACUCAAAGGAUGGAGAGACUGUCAAGCCGCCCAAGCCACCGGUGCCCAGCCGUCCGGUCGGUGGCAAAAUCGCGGCGUUGCAGGCAGGCUUCAUGAGCGAUUUGAAUAAACGUCUCCAACUCGGACCCCAGGCCAUGAAGAAGGACGAACCGGCACAAGAAGAAGAGGUUGUGGAGAAGGAAAAGGCGCCUCUGUCUGAUGCCAGAAAAGGUCGCGCGCGAGGUCCUCAGCGCAGAGCCCCGGCAAAGGCGGCAUCGCCUGCAAAGGAGUCACCUGCUUCCGUCUUGUCCGUUUUCCAGCCACAGACUAUCUGGAGUAUUGAUCCAGAAGACAGGCUCGUUGUUAGUGAGGAGUCUCGCGAGGCCUCCGAGGAACCCAGAAAAACAGGCACAGAGCCUGCCGAGAACUUGGCCAAGACAAUCAGCCACGAGUCCAGCAAAGAGGCCAGCAGCCCACUGACCAAGGCAAUCAGCAAUGAACCUGAACCUUUGGUACUGUAUGAACCCAGUCACGAUGUGACCAGUACCGCGCCUGCCCCUGCUGGUGAUGUCGACGUUACCGCCCAGACCAACCCCGCGGAGCCUACGCCGGCCGCCCAGAACAGCUCACCGGGGGAUCUGGAGCAGUCUGCCACCAAGCCGGCCAUCCAGGCCGUCGACGAAGCGAGCCAGGACAUUGCGAGCGCCAAGCUACCGUCCUCGGAGGCUCAGGAGAAAUCUGUCUCGGAAACCCGCUACCACGACGCCGCGCAUGAGUCGCCAGCCACGGAGCAGGAUAUUGGAGAAGUGCCUCUUGCACAGCCCGAGAAGAAGAUGGCUUCUUAUUAG